AUGUCAAGCCUGAACCCAGAGUAUACUUUUGAAAAUGCGAUAAAUUCAAUCUAUGAUGGCAAGGUACUCUCUCAAGUCGUCGAUCAGCUGCUGUCGCAGUUGACAACACAUGAACGUCUUUCUCUUCUGGAUGGGGACGUCCCCUUCUGGGAUGGGUUACGAACCGUUCUAUGUCAUCGCUACAAUGAGGUGCCAUUUGUUCAUGGUAGUAUACCUCGCUUAGGGAUUCCCGGAAUCCGAUUCACAGACGGGCCUCGUGGCGUGGUCAUGGGCUCGUCCACUGCAUUCCCUGUCGCCAUGGCCCGUGGAGCUACCUGGGAUGUAGACCUCGAACGACGAAUUGGUGAUGCUAUCGGACGAGAAGCCAAGGCACAGGGUGCCAACUACUUCGCCGGCGUGUGUGUUAAUCUACCCCGACACCCAGCCUGGGGUCGCAUACAGGAGACCUAUAGCGAGAACCCCCUAAUGCUGGGGGAAUUUGGCCUGGCUCUCACAGAAGGAGUACAGAAUCAUAUCAUGGCCUGCGUCAAGCAUUUUGCGCUUAACUCAAUGGAGAAUGCCCGAUUCCGUGUGGACGUGCAGGUUGAUGAGGACGUGCUGCAUGAAGUUUACCUGGCUCACUUUCGGCGGAUCGUGGAGGGAGGCGUUGCCUCCGUCAUGUCGGCUUAUAACUCGGUCAAUGGUGAAUGGGCUGGCCACAACCGUAAUCUACUGACCGAUAUUCUUCGUGGGAAGUGGGGGUUCGAGGGCUUUGUCCUAUCCGACUUCAUCUUUGGUCUACGCGAUCCUAUCAUAUCUCUCCAAAAUGGGCUUGACAUUGAAGCUCCAUUUAUCCAGCAGCGAGGCUUAGCGCUCGGCCGGGAAUUGGAAACUGGUCAGCUGGAUCUCGCCGAUGUGGAUCGUUCGUGUUUGAGGAUCCUGAGCAAAGAACUAGAAUUCGCUGCUCGCAAUGCACACAGUCAGCCUGAAAUAUCGGUGGCGUUCUGUGAUGAUCACCGAGCCCUCGCCCGAGAGGCUGCCGCACGAUCUAUUGUACUCCUUAAGAAUGAGGCUAUCGACGGUCAGUCCGUUCUUCCAUUGGAACCCAAAAAUAUCACCAAAAUCGCUGUGGUGGGACGGCUAUCCAACGUCGCCAAUACUGGUGACAAAGGCUCGUCGCAAGUAUUUCCUCCAAGCGUGGUAACCCCACUACAAGGAUUACAGGCUGCUAUGCCCUCAGUUGAGUUCUUAAUCUCAGACACGGACAGCGUAGCGGAAGCGAUGAAAGUGGCCUCCGAAGCUGAUCUGACAAUCUGCAUUGUUGGUUAUGAUCAUGCGGACGAGGGAGAGUAUGUCGUUCCCGCAUUGCGAGAAGACCCCGUCCUAUGUAAAGUCUUCCCACCCGCUGUCACACCCGAAGAGUUGGAAAUGCUUGCACUUCUCCAAGGUAAGCCCACAGGGGCUGAUCAAAGCAUAGAAACAGGGUUGGAGGUAGGCGCGGGGGGUGAUCGGAAAACUUUGCGCCUAAGAGCACAGGACGAAGCUCUGAUUACCGCUGUGGUCGAAAGCAAUCCUCGAACAGUGGUAUCAAUUGUGGCUGCUGGUGCGGUGAUUAUGGAGUCAUGGGAAAGCAAAGUCCCUGCUAUUUUAAUGAGCUGGUAUGGCGGCUCAGAAGGUGGUCACGGUUUGGCUGACAUCCUCCUGGGUAAUGUCGAUGCUAGUGGUCGUUUGCCAUUUUCUAUUCCACGGGACGAGGCUCAUUUGCCCUUUUUCGACCGUAAUGCCACAUCAAUCUGUUAUGAUCGUUGGUUUGGCCAACAUCUGCUAGAUAAGCUCGGCGUUGAUGCCGCAUUCCCUUUCGGUGCAGGACUAUCUUAUACCAAGUUUGCCGUGUCUAAUAUCCUUGUUGAGUCUAUUCCGAGCGAGGGAUCUCUAUCCAAAUUCAACCCUGAGGAGUACAUUUCGGUUAAAUUCACAACCACGAAUACUGGGACCAGGGCGGGACGGUAUGUCGCGCAGGUCUACGGUCUACCUGGCAUGUCGGAUUUCCCCACUCGUCUGCUGAUGGGCUUUAAAAUCAUCGACUUGGAUGCAGGGCAAUCUGCGAAGUGCAAUGUGAUGGCUUCCCUGAGGCCCAUUCAACGGUGGGUCAAUGGUGCAUUCACGCUGCCCGUCAAUUCUUUCGAUGUGGAAGUUGCAUCAUUUUCGGGAGACCCUGAUGCAGUAUGUUCGAAGUGUGUUUUAUAA